UCAUUAUGAUGCCAAUGAGCAGCUGAACCCGGAAGAGAGAGAGACGCUCGAGCGGAGACACAUAAACAAACGAUUAUAGCUGAAAAACAUCGAAUUAAACCAUCAGACAUCAUAGAACCGCAGUGAACAGUAACAUGGACGACACACUCUUCCAGCUCAAGUUCACGGCGAAGCAGCUGGAGCGUCUGGCCAAGAAGGCAGAGAAAGACUCCAAAUCCGAACAAGCCAAAGUCAAAAAGGCUCUCCAGCAGAAGAACGUGGAGUGUGCGCGAGUGUACGCGGAGAAUGCCAUUCGCAAGAAGAACGAGGGUCUGAACUGGCUGCGUAUGGCGUCUCGUGUGGACGCCGUGGCCUCCAAGGUCCAGACGGCUGUGACUAUGAAGGGGGUCACGAAGAGCAUGACGCAGGUGACCAAAGCUCUGGAUAAGGCUCUGAACUCCAUGGACCUGCAGAAAGUGUCGGCUGUCAUGGACAAGUUCGAGAGCCAGGUCCAGAAUCUGGACGUUCACACCUCGGUGAUGGAGGACUCCAUGAGCUCGGCCACCACGCUGACCACGCCGCAGGAGCAGGUGGACGAUCUGAUCCUGCAGAUCGCGGAGGAGAGCGGCCUGGAGGUGGAGGACCAGCUGAGUCAGCUGCCAGCGGGAGCCACGUCACUGGGAGAGACAUCAGUGCGCUCGCAGGACAAAGAGGACCAGCUCUCCAGACGGCUGGCAGCUUUACGUAACUGACAGCGUUCAGAGAUCCGGUCAAACGUUUCCUGCGUGGAGGAUGCUGGUUUUUAUAAUCCAGUCCAUUUAUACACAUUAUAUCCCACACUUUAUGAUGAAAACUGUCUCUUUGUCUGCUCUUUAUUUCUUAGUGUCUCCAUCAUCAAACAUGACUGUGCCUUUCAAAAGAGCACAAGUCAUUUCCCCUCUUUAUUUCU